AUGGCCGGGCUGAUUUUGAACGGCAAGCCACAGAGAAGUUGGUACACCGUGCGACAGAAUGCGAAGCACCACUUGAACCCUUUACAUCGGACGCCUGAUCCUUAUCCUAUCGAGAGCGCCUUUCGGUUAUCCGUGGAAAAUGUAUUCAAGGCUUCAGGCGAUACUAAAUCUUCAACCGCCGCAAGUGAGCUUAGCAAUGCUCCUAUAGAAGAUGGAGAUGAUGUUACGGGACCAGCUGAGGUUCUCCCAACAACGAAGGAGGAGGAUCAGUCUCGACUAUCUUGUGCUCGGAGCAUGCAAGGGCCAGACGAGCAAGUUGUAGCUGACCAGGUCUAA